GCCGGCAGUCCAUCCAUGGCGACGCCGACCUCGGACCUGCUGCGGCCGGUGGACCCGGCGCUGGCGCUGGACGAGGCGGCGCUGCUGCGCUACGCGGCCGCGCACGUCCGGGGCUUCCCCGCGCCCGCGCCGGCGCUGGCGCUCACGCAGUUCGGCCACGGCCAGUCCAACCCCACCUACUGCCUCCGGGCCGCCUCCGCCACCGAGACCCGGCGCUACGUGCUCCGGAAGAAGCCCGCAGGGGCCAUCCUCCAGUCCGCCCACGCCGUCGAGCGCGAGUUCCAGGUUCUCAAAGCUCUAGGCGCUUACACGGAUGUUCCCGUGCCUAAGGUCUACUGCCUCUGCACCGAUGCAAGUGUGAUUGGGACCCCUUUCUACAUAAUGGAGUACCUGGAAGGAGUGCUGUAUCUUGAUAGCACGUUGCCGGGAAUAAGUCCAGCUAAAAGGAAGUCUAUAUACUUUGCUGCAGCAAAAACUUUGGCUGAUGUGCACAAAGUAGAUGUGUCUGCAGUUGGACUGCAGAAGUAUGGGAAAAGAGACAAUUAUUGCAAAAGACAAGUACAAAGAUGGGAAAGACAGUAUCUUCAGUCAACUGGUGAUGGAAAGCCUGCUCGUUAUCAGAAGAUGCUUGAUCUAAUUCGUUGGUUGAAGGAUAAUGUACCAGAAGAAGAUUCAUCGACAGGAUUUGGAACUGGCCUUGUUCAUGGUGAUUAUCGUAUUGAUAAUCUUGUAUUUCAUCCAACAGAGGAUCGAGUAAUCGGUGUACUUGAUUGGGAACUAUCUACUUUGGGGAAUCAGAUGAGUGAUGUUGCCUACAACUGUAUGACCUAUAUUAUUGAUUCAACACCCACUGAAAAUAUUUCCUAUAAAGGAUUUGAGCGUCCUAGCAUUCCAGAUGGCAUUCCUCAACUGGAAGAGUACCUAUCUGUGUACUGUUCUAUAUCUGCAAGAGCCUGGCCUGCAGCAAAUUGGAAGUUUUAUGUUGCCUUUUCACUGUUUCGAGGGGCAUCUAUCUAUGCAGGAGUAUAUCACAGAUGGACUAUGGGUAAUGCCUCAGGUGGCGAGCGUGCUAAAUUUGCUGGCAAGGCUGGUAAUGUUAUGGUUGACUGUGCCUGGGAUUACAUAAAUCGAGAAAAUGUCCUUCAAGAACGACCUGCUACAGAUAUGCAUGUCUUGAAAGCUCCAAGGCAAGAGUUCCACAGUGAGCAGGAAGGUUCAGCUUUGACAAAUGGUCAAGGAAGAUUUGUUCCUAACGAAAAGGUUAUGCAGCUACGGAAAAAAAUAAUGAAGUUUAUGAAAGAUCAUAUAUACCCCAAGGAGGAUGAGUUAUACAAACAUGCACAAUCAACCUCACGGUGGACAAUUCAUCCAGAAGAAGAAAAUUUGAAAGCAUUAGCAAAACAGGAGGGACUGUGGAACUUGUUUAUUCCGCUUGAUAGUGCAGCCAGAGCAAGAGAACUACUACUUGAGGACCGAUCUCAUAUAUCUCCUGGAAGUUCGGAUGAUCUUUUGCUAGGCGCGGGUCUCACAAAUCUUGAGUAUGGAUAUUUAUGUGAGAUAAUGGGCCGUUCAGUUUGGGCUCCACAAAUAUUUAACUGUGGUGCACCUGAUACGGGCAAUAUGGAGGUCUUACUGAGAUACGGGACUAAGGAGCAACAAAAGCAGUGGCUUGUUCCUUUAUUGGAAGGGAAAAUUCGUUCGGGAUUUGCAAUGACAGAACCACAAGUUGCAUCUUCGGAUGCAACAAACAUAGAAUGUGCAAUAUCCAGGCAGGGAGAUUUCUAUGUGAUAAAUGGCAGGAAGUGGUGGACUAGCGGUGCUAUGGACCCAAGGUGCAAAAUCCUGAUAUUAAUGGGAAAAACAGACUUUUCUGCACCUAGACAUAAGCAGCAGUCAAUGAUUUUAGUGGAUAUCAACACUCCUGGAGUGCAGAUAAAGAGACCGUUGUUAGUAUUUGGAUUCGAUGACGCGCCACAUGGACAUGCAGAGAUUAUUUUUGAUAACGUGCGUGUUCCCGCCACAAAUAUGCUUCUAGGGGAAGGACGGGGUUUUGAGAUUGCUCAAGGAAGACUAGGUCCUGGAAGAUUACAUCAUUGCAUGAGACUAAUAGGAGCAGCAGAACGUGGCAUGGAUAUGAUGGUUGAGAGGGCCUUAAGUAGGACGGCAUUUGGAAAGAGGAUUGCACAGCAUGGGUCCUUUCAAUCAGACCUUGCAAAGUGUCGGAUAGAACUGGAACAAACUAGGCUUUUGGUGCUUGAAGCAGCCGAUCAACUUGACCGGCAUGGGAACAAGAAAGCCCGUGGGAUCCUCGCAAUGGCCAAGGUGGCAGCUCCAAAUAUGGCCCUGAAAGUGCUCGACAUGGCAAUGCAAGUCCAUGGUGCAGCUGGUGUCUCAUCGGACACGGCCCUAUCACAUCUAUGGGCAACCGCUAGGACACUGCGGAUCGCAGACGGCCCUGAUGAAGUCCAUCUUGGCACAAUCGCGAAGCUGGAGCUGCAGAGGGCAAGGCUGUAAGAUCAGGACGAUGUCCAGAUUCAGUAAAAAAAGGGGCAAGGAACAUCUGGAAAAGGUCAGUAAAGGAUGGCGUCACAGCCACAGGUAGAUAGAAUGGUGAAUAAGUGGUGUUAGAUUCCUGGAUGUACACUUCCUGUUUGCCCUUGUCCGUUCCGUUGUUAUUUCUCCAUAAGACUGUGCACACAUGAUUAAUGUUCGUCCUGUUGUAAAGAGACCAACCCUACCCGUACAGUUGCAUGAGAAUUACAGAUCUGAACACUAGUUUACUGUACC